CACACGGCGAACUUCAAUCCUACUAGAAACGUAUUACAACGUUGUGCAGUCAGGCGUAAAUUCAGGUCCAUCAAGUUUGAAUUAUGAGUAAGAGCUGCAAUUACAGUGUAAAUGAAUAGCGAAAGGAAGAACUGCACAAUAUAUGAAGUGGAUAUCGACUCUUCCAUGGCAAUCUGAAGCAUUCUCGAUUAUGUACAAAUCUCAUUGAACAGAUGCGAAGAAGAUGGAGGUCUGUACACUAUCAUCCGACUCAUAGAUCAACUGACUGGCUUCGAAUUCCGGCAGAUCAUCGCCGGUUUAUUUUGGUCGUAUCAGUACGGAUGCAACUGGUAGCAGAAUGCCUAAUUGAAGCUGCGCCAGAGCUUGUUUACUGUAAUAGAACAGGUGUAAUUAAUUCGCAUGACGGAAUGAAAAAAGAUGAACAUUCACAAGGAUUAUUACUUCUUAUUUCAGUUCAUUACUGUGAAUGUAUGGCUUGGAAUUACAAAAGGACACUUUGUCCCAGAUGAACAGAGACUUCAUCAGGACUUGAUGGGAACUUACGAGGCGUCUGUGAGACCAGGGGCCUAUUGGAAUGAAACAUUGGCCGUCACAUUCACCCUUAUGCUAAACAGGAUAGUUGAAUUGGAUGAGAGACAGCAAUUAUUGACGACCAGUGCUUUUCUAGAGCAGAUCUGGGUUGACAAAAAGUUGUCAUGGGAGGUGGAUGACUAUGGCGGAGUGGAAUCCCUGAGAAUAUCCGGCGAUGCAAUUUGGUGCCCAGAUACUUUUAUAUUUAACAAUGCGGAAGAUACAAAAGACAAUAAAGACAGUUUGGCGUUUAUUAAAGACAGUUACCUAAUUGUUAACCACAAAGGAAUUGUCAUGUGGACAGUUCCGGUUAAACUUAAGACAUUAUGUAAAGUAGACAUAACAUACUUCCCAUUUGAUGACCAAGAAUGUUCCCUACAUAUUGGUUCGUGGGCAUACAAUCAAAAUGGCGUGUUGUUCCUCCCUUCCAACAACGCCACCGAUCUCUCCACGUAUGUGGACAAUAGCGAGUGGGUUAUGCGAUACAUAACUAUGACCAUCAAUUCGAACUCCAGCGAGGCUCUCAAUUCCCCUGUUGCUGAAGUGACCUAUAAGCUGUACAUAAGAAGGAAGACUGUGUACUAUGUCUUUAACAUCCUAGUGCCAUGUAUAAUGCUGUCUAUCCUUACCAUGCUCAUGUUUUGGAUUCCUGUCACAUCGGGUGAAAAGAUCGCUCUGGGACUUUCUAUUUACCUGGCUUUCUCCAUGUUUAUGUUGUUGAUAGCUGAGCAGGUACCAGCAUCUUCCGAGUCCGUGCCCUUAUUAGGCCUGUAUCUAGUGAAUGUUAUGUCAAUGACGGCGGCGUCAGUUGUAAUGGCAGUUCUUGUGAGCAACAUACAUGGGAGAGGAAACAUUAUCUUGGCCAAGCCUGUCCCAAAGUUGCUCAAAGUUUUAUUCAUACAAUGGUUGGCGACUGCGCUCAGGAUUCCUCGUGACGCACAAUUGUUGGCUAGAUUUGUCCAAUUGGAAUCUGAUGUUUUGUCUAAGUAUACAUGUAGGGGACGUGCUAAUAAGAAACCACUGAAACAUGACACUAAUAUGCAUUAUUUGGAAUCAACAAAAACAGACAAUGUUCCAAAGAGACACCAAGAUGCUAAGUGCUCCAAUAAAGCUAUUACCAGACAUCUGGAUCACAAUGUUAAAGAGAAUACAACAACUUUGGAGCGAACAACUAUUGGUCAUAAGUCAAUAGUCACCUGCCAUUGUAUACCACAUGAAGAUGUCUGGGUAAAAAGAAAAUCAUUUGAAAAUAUUCAUAAAGGAAAAUAUGAGCCAGAUCCUGACAAUCAACAAAGACAGUCCCAAGAGAGUUAUAGUUAUAUCAAAGCAUGGCUAGCAAGAAACUCUAUAGAAGAAUCUGAACCAAAAUAUAAUGCAGAAAGAACGAUAAGAGAGAAGUUUAACAUAAACAAACUAAAGAUAAAUGCAUUGCGGGUUCUCAAAAAUGUCUCUAAUGGUAAACUACGAAACCAAAAGAAAGAUACGAGAUCUAAAUGUGGUCCCAUACGGCUAUGUAAAAGGAUGAUGAAACUUGAGGAAAAGAAGCUCUUAAUCUCAGAGUGGCAUAUAGUCGCAUCUGUUGUGGACCGACUGUUUUUCUGGUUGUAUAUCAUCGUAACUAUUUCAGGCUAUUUAAUAAUGUUUGUAGUACUACCAGGAUCAAAGGAACCUGUUGAAAUACCACCAGCUAGCAAUAACACAUUCAGAUACGUUGUUCAGCGAUUUUAAAACGUAGAUUUUAUUGCAUACAUUCUGUACAUGAAAAAUCUGCACUGUGUAUUUUGUAUUUACAAAAGGUAGUUUAAAGAUUUUAAAGAUACGAUAUUUCCAAACAUAAAUUACCAGUCGUAAAGGCUCUGGAAGUCGAUCGGAGAAGUUGGAAAUAUAAGCAUGCUACUAGCUAUACAGGGUGGGUCAAAAUAUGAGUAUCAUGUGAUGUAUGUUAACCGUGUCAUGUAUUUUAUAUCAUUUGAAAGAUAAAUAAUUUCCUAACAAUAUGACACCAUCUGAUCGAACUUUACUUUUACACCAGGGUGUCAUGAGCGACCAAAAGAUUAUUAACUGUGGAUUUCCAAAUAGUGGAAAAUGGAGGGGAAUGUUCAGGUAGGUUAUCACAAACAAUAUCAGACAGUUAUAUCUUGUAUUAUGACUAUUUUCAGACAAUGAAUACAGGUAUAUCUUUUAAAUCUAUUCACUAUCUCAAAGAAAA